CCAGAAACCCCUCACCUGGCGAUGCAACCAACAGGGCGCAGGAGGUGCAGACGUUGGGGAGAGGGAGCAAGGGACCAUGUGAGGGAUAUUUGACAUGUGCGACACCGGCGCUUCUAAACUGGUGAGGUGUUGUCCAGUCUGAGGUGAGGAACCAAAGCUAGGGUAGGUAAAGAGAAGAGCGGGAGCUGUGCCCUUGGAAACCACCCCGCGCACCCCGAUAAGAUAAGAGCUCCUGCCCACUGCCCACUAGACUGGGCUCUUCCCACUGGGUCGGCCAAGGGAGGCACUCGUCAGCUGCAGUUGGCGUGAGCGUGGUGCUGAUAUCCUCGAACCUCAUCCGAUUCUCCGUUUUCUGAUUUCCUGUCUUCCCAACAUUCAAAAAGGCCAGACUACCCGUGCCCCGCCUGCUCUCUUCCUCCAAUUCUUACCCCCCUUGGUACUACUGAAUAUCCCUACGUACUCUCACCGGGCUCCUUUGCGGCCUGGAGCAUGCCUUUACCUGACACACGCUUUUUACUUCGGCCUUUCUCCAUCGUCAUCUAUCCGAUCUGGACGCUACUGGCCUUUUUCUACCGCCACUCCCCCCUCCGUUUCCUUUCCUCGACUCUCCAGCCCCUUUUCGGACUUCGCAACACCACUGACAUUGACCCCGAGACACCCGAGCCAACAUCUACUACCAACAUGUCGGCCAAGAAGAAAAUCGCUAUCAUGACCUCGGGAGGUGACUCCCCAGGCAUGAACGGCGUGGUGCGCGCCUGUGUGCGCAUGGCCAUCCACAUGGGCUGUGACGCCUAUUGCAUCUACGAAGGGUACGAGGGCUUGGUCCGUGGCGGUGACCUCAUCCGGAAGAUGAAUUGGUACGAUGUCCGCGGGUGGCUCUCCGAGGGCGGUACUCUCAUUGGAACCGCCCGGUGCAUGGCCUUUUUCGAACGCGCUGGUCGCCUUGCUGCUGCCAAGAACAUGAUUCUACACGGCAUUGACGCCCUCAUCAUCUGCGGAGGAGAUGGUUCCCUGACUGGCGCGGAUCGAUUCCGUGCCGAAUGGCCCUCGCUGCUCGACGAACUCGCUGCCAACGGCGAAUUUACCACGCAGGAGCUUCAGCCAUUCAGACAUCUCAACAUUGUCGGUCUCGUCGGUUCCAUUGACAACGAUCUUUCUGGUACAGAUGCCACUAUUGGUUGCUACUCUGCACUUGCAAGAAUCUGCUAUGCUGUCGAUCUCAUCGAGGCGACAGCCUCUUCCCAUUCCCGCGCUUUCGUCGUCGAGGUCAUGGGGCGGCAUUGUGGCUGGCUUGCUUUGAUGGCCGGUGUUGCGACGGGUGCCGAUUUCAUAUUUAUUCCGGAGAAACCUAGAGAAGACAACUGGAGAGAGGAAAUGUGCAGCAUCGUUGAGCAUCAUCGCAAAAUCGGCAAGCGGAAAACGAUCGUGAUCAUUGCCGAGGGAGCACUCGACAGAGAGGGGAACAAGAUCACCCCGGCAAUGGUCAAGGAUCUUCUUGCGGACAAGGACGGCCUCGGACUCGACACCAGAAUCACGACACUGGGCCACGUUCAAAGAGGCGGGACAGCUGUUGCUUAUGACCGUAUGCUGGCGACACUGCAAGGUGUUGAAGCCGUCAAGGCUGUGCUUGAGGCCACCCCUGAGACAAAGACCUGCGUCAUUGCCAUCACCGAGAACAAGAUUGUCAGAAAGCCCCUUAUGGAUGCGGUACAAGACACCAAGAAGGUGGCCAAGGCAAUCGAACGGCAAGACUUUGAGGAGGCCAUGGGUCUACGGGACGCCGAGUUCUCGGAGCAAUACAAGUCGUUCAUGAUGACUACGGCGGUCCAAGUAGACAAGGAGCUGUUGCUGCCAGAGAAGGAAAGAAUGAGGAUUGGGUUCAUCAAUGUCGGCGCGCCCGCCGGCGGUAUGAACGCUGCAGUGCGCGCUGGUGUAGCUUACUGCUUGUCCCGAGGGCACGAGCCGAUGGCGAUUUACAACGGCUUCGCCGGAUUUGCCCGGCAUCAUGCCGACAACCCUGGAGCUGUCCGACCCUUCAACUGGCUUGAGGUGGACGGAUGGGCCAGCAAAGGUGGCUCGGAAAUUGGAACGAACCGCGAGCUUCCCGGCGAGUCCGGCAUGGAGACCAUUGCCAACUUGAUUGAGCAGUACAAGUUUGACGCUUUGUUCCUCAUUGGCGGUUUCGAAGCUUUCCAUGCAGUCUCUCAGUUGCGCAAGGCUAGGGAUCAGUAUCCAUCCCUGUGCAUCCCCAUGACAUUACUCCCCGCCACCAUCUCCAACAAUGUGCCAGGGACAGAAUACUCGCUCGGUUCGGAUACUUGUCUGAAUGAACUGGUCGAGUAUUGCGACAAGAUCAAGCAGUCUGCCUCGGCUACUCGGAGACGUGUCUUUGUCAUUGAGACGCAAGGUGGACGCUCUGGCUACGUUGCGACGCUCGGUGGUCUUGGUGUUGGUGCGUCGGCUGUGUACACUCCGGAAGAGGGUGUCAGCCUCGAUAUGCUCGCUGCGGACGUGCGCCAUCUCAAAAACGUCUUCGCCCACGACCAGGGCCAGAGCCGUGCCGGUCGCCUCAUCUUGAUCAACGAGAAGGCUUCCAAGGUGUACAAUGCUAAGUUGAUUGCCGACAUCCUCCGCGAAGAGUCACACGGCAGGUUCGAGAGUCGCGAGGGUAUUCCUGGUCACAUGCAGCAGGGUGGUGUACCAUCGCCCAUGGACAGGUGCCGGGCUGUCAGGCUGGCCAUACGGUGUAUCCAGCACCUGGAGCAGUUUGGCCGCAAUGUGCACAACAGGGUCAAGGUGGACCCCAUGAGCACAACGGUUAUUGGCAUCAAGGGCGCGAGCGUGGUCUUUACGCCUGUUAAGCAGGUUGAGGAGGAGGAGACGGACUGGCCCAACAGACGGCCAAAGGCGGCGUACUGGCUGGGCAUGAAGGAGAUUGUCGACAUUCUGGGUGGCCGUCCCAAGUAUGAGCUCCCCGAGUCGGACUUGACUGGUAUCAAGGCGAAGGAUGUCAAGCGUGGGAUUGUGCCGCCUUGAAUGGGAUGGGACUGAAGAAUCGAAACAGGAAGUCUUUUGACGGUUGUCUCUCUCCGUGACUUGGGUUGUCAUUGCUGCAAUGAUGAUUCAUCAAGUACCACUUUCCCUUGUUGUCGUCUAGCAUCACCGAGGAAGGGAUCGGUAAAUUCAUGCAGGAAGGGAAGGGGGAAAAUAGACAAGGACAAAGGCUCGGGACUGGUUGGUGUGAGAGGGGGUUAUAUGAUGGAUGAGUGGGCUUUAGUUAGGGCAAAAAACACCAUCAUCUCUACCACUACCUUGGCACCGAUACAAGAAUAAAAAAGGAAGCUGUAAAGUGCAACAAU